AGGAAAAAAAAAAGGAAAUUAAUGAAAACGGCGCAUAUUUUAUCCACUAGCACACAAGGGGAAAACGAAACUUAGGCCUGAACGAGAGAAUCAAAGUCUUUCUCGCUCUGUCCGAACGAAAUAGCAAGCUGUUGUAAUUCUCGCAUUCAGCUAGUGAAAAUCUCCAACUUUCUCCGAAGGAGAUGGACAGAAACGACUCAGUAUAAGGACUGAGGAAGGGAAGCAAGCAUGAAUUUGAUGAGCACGAGCCAGCCUUCCACUCGCGCUUCUCCUCCGGCUCCCCUGGAGUGGAAGUUCUCUCAAGUCUUCGGCGAAAGAAGCGCCGGCGAAGAUGUUCAAGACGUUGAUAGAAUAUCGGCGGUUGAAUUUGAGAAGAGCGGUGAUUACCUUGCUGUUGGAGAUCGAGGCGGCCGGGUUGUAAUAUUCGAGAGAAAGGACGGGAAACCUACACCGGACGAGCACUAUUCCAGAAGUCAGCUGGAGCAGUUGGAUUUUGUCUCUUUAAACCAUCCUGAAUAUCAAUAUAAGACUGAAUUUCAGAGUCAUGAGCCUGAGUUUGAUUACUUGAAGAGCUUGGAGAUUGAAGAGAAGAUAAACAAAGUAAAAUGGUGUACAACACCCAAUGGAUCACUCUUUAUCCUUUCAACGAAUGAUAAGACAAUUAAACUGUGGAAGGUAAAGGAUCGAAAGGUGAACAAGGCAAAGGAAGUGGAUCCUCAUCAAUUAGUCUCUUCAGAAAAUUCUCUUCUGGCUGAAAGGAGUUUUGUGAGUGAACAGGACAUACCAUCUUUUACUAAUGGAAAGAAUCUAGGGUGGGAAGAGAAUGUGGCUAACAACACAUUACUGUCUCAAGAAUUGCAUGCUAAGAUUGGUAACAAUGAAGACGCCACAUAUGCAAGAUGUAGAAGGGUCUAUGCUCAUGCUCAUGAUUUUACUAUCAACUCAAUUUCAAAUAAUAGUGAUGGUGAGACAUUUAUAUCUGCAGAUGAUCUGAGGAUAAACUUGUGGAAUCUUGAAAUUAGUAAUCAGUCAUUUAAUAUCAUUGACAUGAAGCCAUUAAAUAUGGAGGAUCUUACUGAGGUCAUCACGUCAGCUGAAUUCCAUCCAAUUCAUUGUAACCUGCUUGCAUAUAGCAGCUCAAGAGGUUUUAUUCGCCUUGUUGACAUGCGACAAUCAGCAUUAUGUGAUUACAGUGCUAGAAUAUUGCAGGAUGCAGAAUGUCAAGGGUCAAGAUCAUUCUUUACUGAGAUUGUUGCCUCCAUAUCUGAUAUAAAGUUUUCAGUUGAUGGGCGGCACAUCUUAAGCCGUGACUAUAUGAACCUUAAGCUGUGGGAUAUAAACAUGGAUUCUUCACCAGUUGCAACAUUUAAGAUUCAUGAACAUCUACGCCCAAAGUUAUGCGAUUUGUAUAAUAAUGACUCCAUAUUUGAUAAAUUUGAGUGCUGCCUCAGUGGAGAUGGACUUCAUUUUGCAACUGGAUCUUAUAGCAAUCUCUUACGUAUCUUCUCUCAUGGUGUUGGAAGUGAAGAGGGGAGUACAGUAGAAGCUAGCAAAAAUCCAAACAGUAGGAAGCCCCUUCAGAGGGCAAGAAGAUCAUCCUUAAGUAGCCUUACGCGUGCGUUUCACAAGCAAGGGCAUGAAAACACAAGCCUUGCUAAUGAGUUUUCCUGGUCAUCAAGUUCUAAGCUGCAACAUGUCGCUUGGCACCCAUGCGCGAACUUGAUUACUUGUGCUUCUGGAAAUAGCUUGUUUUUCUACUAUGCGUAGCUUCCUGUACAGAAAAGCUUUGAUUGACCAUAGAACACCAAGUAGGUUGUACACGUUGACACGGUACGCCCUCUAUGUUUAGCAUCUUAAGGGGUUGAAGCAUUAGCAUCUUACUGGCUUACCACGAUUGAAAUGUAAAAAAUGUACAAAAAUCAAAUUGAAUAGUUGUUGCAAACAACCUUGUCUUUGUUCUAUAGUUUCUGGUUUUCCCCACUGGCUUCAGUUUCACAUAAGAAAAGUUGUUAGAUAUUUUUGGAACAGAGAUUAAAAAAAAAAAAGAAAAAGAAAAAAGGGGUUCAUUCAUUGAUCAAAGAUUUUAAAAUUUUUUGAUGUGGUGACAAAUUGUACCUCAUCAACAAGGUAUAAACUAUGCAUGGUAAUGCAUGUCACUUGCACUUCAAUUUGUGGUACAAAGGAAAUCAGUAGGAAAGAGUUGACAUUAUCUGGGGACAAAACUGUUGUUGCAUCUUCAACUACAAAAGAUGGUUUCUUUUGUUUCUUUCUUUUUUGAUAUGGGAAAAGAGAGAUUUGAGUAGGUAUUUGUAUCAUAUGUCAAUCGUUGACUUAAAUGUUUGUGGGUAUAAGCUAACCAUUAAGUUAAAUGUUCUUGUACAUACAUCAGUCAUCGAAUUAAAUACUUUUAUGCAUGUCAUGAAUUUCGUAUCAGUAAGAAAUGAAAUGUGUUUUAAGUUUAUAAGUAAGAGUUUGUUUUUUCAUCUAAUAGGUAUAUAUUUUGGGUUAAAAAUAUAAACUCGUGAUAAGUGGUAUUAGAAUUUACUUAAUUCUUCAUUGAUUUGAGAUUUCUUAUGAGAUAUUAGGACAAAAGUAAAUCCGAACUAAGAUGGAUCUUUCUCUUCAUGGGUAAAAGAGUCAUUGUAACACAACACGAGUGUUGUUUUUUUUCACUUUAACCAUUGAGUUAAAUGUUUUUGUGUAUACAUCAAUCGAUGAGUUUUGAUGUUUUUUCUCAAAUAUCAAUCACAAUUAAAUGUUUGUAAGUACACAUUAAUGACUGAGUUAAAUGCUUAGGUA